CAGAUCUCUUCGAGUUUUAUUUUGCAGAAAACCCCCUGAUAAAACUCGAAAUGGCAAACGCUUGGAAGAGAGAGCGAAGCACGCCAUUGUUCUCAUGGAGAACACUGCUUCUUAUCCCUCUCGUCAUCUCCGUCUACUUCCUCUUCGCCUUCUUCUCCUCCUCUUCUGCAAACCCUAACCCAAUCUCCAUUCCCAAAACCUCGGCUUUUGCUUCAUUGUCUCCGAUCCGUCCCUUCAACUGCUCACAAUGCCCGCAGGCCACCCCCGUCUUUGCCAGUGUCGUCGAGGGCAUUGCCCACCCAUUCCUCUACUCCCUCGCCGAUCUCGGCACCCUCCCUGAUAAGCCCCACAAGAACAUUGCCCGCAUGCUCAAGGGCAAGCCCUUUCGCCGCCCGGACAUCUCCGUCACCAUCCAAGACUACCUUGCAUCCAAGGGAGCUGCAGUUAGUGAAGGGAUCGUUGUCGAUGUGGGGGCCAAUGUAGGCAUGGCGACUUUCGCCGCCGCCGCCAUGGGGUUCCAUGUGGUGGCAUUUGAGCCGGUGUUCGAGAAUCUUCAGAGGCUCUGCGAUGGACUGUUCUUGAAUCGAGCUUGGGAUCGGGUUUCUCUGUUCGCCGCCGCAGCUUCCGAUCGGAUCGGGAAUAUCACUUUCCACAAGUUGGUUGGACGCCUUGACAAUAGCGCAGUCUCUGCUACUGGUGCAAAGUUGGCAUUCAAGUCUAACCAAGAGAUUGCCAUAGAAGUGCCAUCAAUUCCUUUAGACGAAGUAAUUCCUGAUUCAGUGAGAGUGUUGCUGAUCAAGAUUGAUGUCCAGGGCUGGGAAUAUCAUGUUCUCAGAGGCGCUUCAAAACUGCUGUCAAGAAAAAAAGGCGAAGCACCAUAUCUCAUCUACGAAGAAGAUGAAAGACUGCUUCAGGCCAGCAAUAGCAGUGUCGAUGAAAUCAGAAGUUUCCUCAGUAAGGUGGGCUAUCGUAAAUGUGAAAAGCACGAAACAGAUGCUCACUGCACAAAAGAUUAGUUGCUUCACUGCUUCAACACGGUUACAUAUUUGCGGCAUUCAUUUCCUCAGUGCAGGAAAUUGUAAAGGUCAUUAGUUGAUAGUUCCACCAUCAGUUUAUGAUAUGCCACGAAAGGAAGUUGCCUUGAAUGCAGAAUAUCUUCGAGUGUUGUAAGGGAACUGUCAUGUUAUACUUUGCAGAAUAGGGAAUUGUAAUGUGACAGAAUCAACCUGCUUAGAACCCUCAUUGUUUUGUUGUUCAUAGUUUGAAAUUUUUAACCACAUUCUUUCCUCCAUGCAGAAUUGAGAUC